UACAUCGCUGCCGUCAGUUGCGCUUUCAAGUUUGUUUUACACAUUCUGGCGCACAUACACACCACACAUGUGCAUGCACGCGUAAACAUACACAUCGGGGUUCAGGGCCUGCACACGUGCAUGCUCCGAUACGGGAAUCUACACACUGCACACUGUCAGAGGAAAGUGGAGUGAGCAGUUGUGACCUGGCAGUGCAGAGGAGAGUGACCUGUGGAUGACCAGAGAUACAGCCUGGUGUCCAUGCGUCCAGCAAUCAUGAUGCCUGCCAUGGCCGUGUACCUGAGCCUCCUCACGCUGGGCCUCAGUGUGUUUGGACAGGAGCUCCCAUCAGGCCCUCACGGCUGCACUGAGGGAAGCUGUUACCCUGCGACAGGAAACCUUCUGAUUGGACGAGCCGUCAACCUCUCCGCCACCUCCACCUGCGGCCUGAACGGGCCGGAGCAGUACUGCAUCGUCAGCCAUCUGCAGGAAUCAGACAAGUGCUUCGAAUGUAACUCCCAGCAUCCCUACGACCGCCACAGAAACAGCCACCGCAUCGAAAACGUCAUCUACCUCAUGGACAGGGAUGAAAGCAACACCUGGUGGCAGUCUGUAAACGGAGAGGAGAAUGUGAGCAUCAGGAUGAACCUGGAGGCUGAAUUCCACUUCACACAUCUCAUCAUGAAGUUUAAGACCUUCCGACCUGCAGCUAUGAUCAUCGAGCGUUCGGCAGAUUUUGGCCGCACGUGGCGCCCCUACCGCUACUUUGCCUCAAACUGUACCAAGACGUUUCCCGGCACCCCCGCUAACGGCCUGCGCCACAUCAACGACAUCAUCUGUGAGGAGCGCUACUCUGACAUCGAACCUUCCACCAAUGGAGAGGUGAUUUACAAAGUUUUGGAUCCAGCCAUUCAUGUGAAAGACCCCUACAGCUUGGACAUUCAAGAACUCCUGCGUAUCACCAACCUGCGUAUCAACUUCACCAAGCUGAACACUCUGGGAGACGACCUGCUGGACCGGCGCUUCGACGUCCUGCAGAAAUAUUACUACGCCCUCUACGAGCUGACGGUCAGAGGGAGCUGCUUCUGCUACGGACACGCCUCAGAGUGCGCCCCGGUGCCAGGGGUCGACGCCCGGGACAAUGGCAUGAUCCACGGGCGCUGCGUAUGCAAACACAAUACAGAGGGCCUGAACUGCGAGCGCUGCCGACAUUUCCACCACGACCUGCCAUGGAGACCCGCCGAGGCGGAGAACCCACACACCUGCAAGGAGUGCAACUGUAACGGCCACACAAGCCAGUGCCACUUCGACAUGGCGGUGUAUCUGGCCACAGGCAACUCCAGCGGAGGAGUGUGUGACGACUGCUUGCACAACACCAUGGGACGCAACUGUGAGAUGUGCAAACCCUUCUACUUCCAAGAUCCUGUUAAAGACGUCAGGGACCCACGAGUGUGUGUCGCCUGUGACUGUGACCCGGUGGGAUCAUUGGAGGGAGGAGUGUGUGACAGUCACACCGACCUGGACAUGGGGAUGAUCUCAGGACAGUGUCGCUGUAAAGUCCACGUCAAAGGCACACGCUGCGACGACUGCAAGGAAGGUUACUACGGACUGAGCCAGAACGACCCUCUGGGCUGCCAGCCUUGUAACUGUGACCCUCGUGGCAUCAUCACAAAUGGAGCUCCUUGCGACCAGAUCAGUGGGGACUGCUCCUGUAAAAGAUAUGUGACCGGUCGCUACUGCAGCCAGUGUCUGCCUGAAUACUGGGGGCUCAGUAAUGAUCUGGCCGGCUGCAGACAAUGUGACUGUGAUUUUGGUGGAGCUUUCAACAACAGGUGCAUGAUGGAGAACGGCCAGUGUGACUGCAGGAGGCAUCUGAUUGGUCGACAGUGUUCGGAGGUUCAGCCUGGGUAUUUCUGCGCUCCGCUGGACUACUAUAAAUAUGAGGCUGAAGACGCGACUGGACACUCCCCUGGUGACACUGCACUACCUGGUAAAGUGCGUCCUCAGGCAGAGACAGACUGUGUUCAGCACCUCAGUAACCAGCUGAGGAGGCACCGUCGCCACCGUCGCAUCACCAACUCGCAGCAGCACCGCUCGGCACUGAGACGAAUCCGCCAGCUUCAGCAAACGCCGGAUGUGAGGAGCGUCCACAGAGAGCACAGCCACAUGGUGACGUGGACCGGUCCUGGUUUCGCCCGCGUCAAAGACGGUGCGGGCCUGGUGUUCAAUAUCGACAACAUCCCCUACGCCAUGGAGUACGACAUCAUGAUCCGCUACGAGCCUGAGUCCACAGAGGACUGGGAGGCUAUAGUUAGUGUUACCUCUGUGCUGCUGCCAUCCAGUCUCCGGUGUGGAAAUAACCUUCCACCAAAACCUAUAUAUUUUAUAUGCAUCAUGUUUUUCAGAUACAUCCAGAUGCCCCGGCCGUUCUGUUUCGAGCCCAGUAAUCGCUACGUGGUUUCCAUCCGGUUCCAGCGCCACGGGGUCACACACAGACACCUCACUGCCUUCAUUCUCAUAGACUCGCUGGUUCUAAUCCCCAAAUACAAUGAGCUGCCUGGUUUCCAAGGGAACGAGGUGGAGGCGGAGCAGCGGCGGGAGGAGAUGAUCCGCUACAUGUGUCUGGAUUCCUUCAUGAUCACACCAAUGCCCGCCCUGGCCGAGAUGUGCUCCAAACUCAUCUGCAGCAUAUCCUCCAUCAUUCAUGAUGGGGCUCUGUCGUGUCAGUGUGACCCUCAGGGCUCCCUCAGUGGGGAGUGCGACAGGGUGGGGGGUCAGUGUCGCUGUAAACCCAACGUGAUGGGUCGCCGCUGUGACCAGUGUUCUCCAGGAACAUACGGCUUUGGAGUGAGCGGCUGCACUGCCUGUGACUGCCACUCAGAGGGGUCUCUGAGCCACCAAUGUGACCCGGCCACAGGACAGUGCCAGUGCAGGCAGGGAGCCACGGGGCGUCAGUGCUCAGACUGCCAGCCGGGCCAGUGGGGCUUCCCCAGCUGCAGCCCCUGUCAGUGCAACGGCCACGCUGACCUCUGUGACCCCCGCACGGGAGAGUGUCGGGACUGCAGGGACUACACAACAGGACACCUGUGUGAGCGUUGUGUGGAUGGGUUCUUUGGAAACCCGGUGCUGGGUUCAGGGGAGCACUGUCGGCCCUGCCCCUGCCCCGGGAACCCCGGCUCGGGUCACUUCAACGGGCACUCCUGUGAAGCUGACCAAACCUCCAACCAGAUCAUCUGCACCUGCAGACAGGGCUACGCUGGGUCCCGCUGUGACCAGUGUGCCCCUGGUUUCUAUGGCAACCCAGAGCAACCUGGCGGGCAGUGCCUCCCGUGCGAGUGCAACGCUAACAUCGACACCCAGGACCCCGGGUCAUGUGACCCCCGGACCGGCCAGUGCAUCAAGUGCCUGUACCACACUGACGGCUCCUCCUGUGACCACUGUCAGAACGGUUACUUUGGCAACGCUCUGGCACACGACUGCAGACGCUGUACUUGUGUGACUGCUGGCACGCUGCAGUCUGCGUGCCCUGACGGAGAGUGUCACUGUGACCGGCAGAGCGGGGCCUGCUCCUGCAGGGAGAACGUGGCGGGCCAUAACUGUGACCAGUGCGCCGCCAACCACUGGAACUACGGUCAGGACCGAGGCUGUGAGCCCUGCGGCUGCGACCCCCAACACUCUCUGGGAGCUCACUGCAACAUGUUCACAGGGCAGUGCCACUGUCGUCCAGGCUUCGGAGGGAAACAGUGCACUGAGUGUGAGCAGUUCCACUGGGGAGACCCGCAGGUGCAGUGUCAAGACUGUAACUGCCACCCUCUGGGCUCGGAGAUGGCUCAGUGCGACAGGUUGACGGGGAAGUGUGAGUGCAGGGAGGGAGCGGCAGGGAAGCACUGCGAUGAAUGCGCCCGUGGCUUCACCGGCGUCUUCCCCGAGUGCGUCCGCUGUCACGCCUGCUUCCAGCUGUGGGACGACGCCAUUUGCCAGAUCAAAAGAGACCUGGAGCACAUCCAGUACACUGCGCAAAAGAUCCUCGAAAGCGGAAUCACUCCAGGAGUCGGGGACACGCGAAUCAAAGAGCUGGAGAAGAAGCUGAAGCAAGUAAAAGAUCUGAUCAGUUCUGAGGACAGCGACAAGAUCCACCAGCUGAUUGGACAGAGCAUCGAUGACCUCAGGGCUGAGAUCGCCCUGACCGACGGGCGCCUGAUGGGCGUCACCAGAGAGCUGAAUAUAACAACAGAAGAUGAAGGGGCGCUGAGACAGACCCUGACUGGCCUGGAGAGAGAGCUGAGGGACAUCAACACCACCGUGGCUCACAAACACAGCCUGCUGCAGGACUACCUCACCUCAGGAUUUUCAGAUCAGUUUGAUAAAGUGAAGAGGUUUUAUAAUGAGUCGGUGAAGGCGCAGGAGAAAUGCAACGCCUCGGUGUCCGGUCCCCUCAGUCCUGUGGAACAGUCCAAAGAGACCCGGGCUGUCACAGAGGAUCUGCUGAACGCCAGCAAAGACAAGUUCCUGCGGGCUCUGGCUGCUCAGAACAAGUCUCUCAACGAGCUGCAGGACAAAGCCCACGACCUGGACAAGAGCGUCCAGCACCUCAGCAACAAGGUGUGUGGCGGUUACAGCAAUUCAAGCGCAAAUGGCAGUUGCUCAGACAGUCAAUGUGGUGCCGGUUGCCAUGACAAUCGGGGUGUGCGUGGAUGUGGAGGAGAGGGAUGCAACGGGACGGUUAGCGCUUCUGUCGCAGCUCUGAAUCUCACCAGGAAAACCACGGAUAGUCUGAACACCGCCAACGAGGAGCUGCAGAGCGUCGCCAGAAAGCUCCAGGAUAUCGCCACCCUGACAAAGGAUGUAAAGAACCAGGCGAUGAACACGCUGGAAAAAGCGCAGAAGAAGAAGGAGCACUUUGAAAACAACAACAACAAGCUGAAAGAUUUCAUCAAGAAGAUCAGAGACUUCCUCACCGAGGAGGGUGCGGACCCGGAGAGCAUAGAGAAGGUGGCUCUGCAGGUGCUGUCCAUCACGCUGCCCGUCAACAGGACAGCUCUGGACAGGAUGGUCCAGCAGAUCAAGGGCGGCCUCUCCAACCUCACCAACAUCGAGGGCAUCGUCAACCAAACCUCGCAGCACAUCAAGGAAGCCAAGGAGCUGCUCCAGAAAGCUAAGGAUGCUAAGAGCCUGGCGGAGGGAGUGAAGGAUAAAGCCAACAACACCAAACAGGCUCUGGAUGUGUCUGAGAAGGCCAUAGAGAAGGCCCGAGCCGCCAUGAAGGAGGCCAGCAGCAACCUGAACCGCACCAGGAAAGCUACAGCUGAGGUGGAUGAGAGGCUGACGCGGCUGGAGGAUAAGCAGAUGGAUGUGAUGAUGCGCCUCAACAACCUCUCCAUGGAGGUGGAGGCUCUGAGGAACAAGACGGAGCAGAACAGGCUGGUGGCAAAGAGAGCUAAAGAGCUGGCUAACAACGCCACGCAUCAAGCCUCCUCCCUGGAGAGGAGCCUGAACGACACAGAGAAGCGGUACCAGGAGCUGCAGAUGAAGGUGGACUCUCUUGGAGAUGUUGGAGGUCUGAACAACGUCAACCAGAAGGCCAAGGAAAUAAAGAAGGAGGCAGAAGACCUGCUAAACAAAGCCACCAAGGGGAUAGAGCAACUCAGGAAACUGGAGAAAAAGUUCAAGAGUAACGAGCAGCGGAUGCAGAGGCAGCGCACGGAGCUGGACGAGCUGAAAGAAAACGCCACGGUGGUGCGAGACGAGAUCCGGGUCCAGGUGCAGAAGUACAGUAACUGUGUGUGAGGAUGUUACACUCACCGACCUGAUGCUGUAGCGCAGAGCAGACUUCUGACUGAUGCUGUGACUUGGACACACAACCAUGAAAAUAAAACGCUGCUCUGGUACCUCCAUUCCUUUACUACUAUAUCAAGUUUUACACAUUACCUGUCAAGUGUUAUAUAUCACAGAAUGCCUUCACCUGUCUACGUACUGUACCACUAACUGACUAAAUAUCAACCCUGUAAUGUAUGCUAUGUCUUUAAGCUAUUAUCACAACAGGUGGAUGACCUCUGGAGAGUAUGAUAAUUGAUUCCAUGAGUAAUAAACAGAAGAAAUAUAUAAAAAAUGUUGUUAUUUUGACCAAAAGUGCUUUCUAUGUUUUUGCUGUAAUUUGACCUCAUUUGUAUGGUAUUUACAAUAUGACAUUCCUAUAAAGAAAUAUGCGGAAAAGUACGAUUUUUAAAAAAUGAAAUAUGUUUAUUUUUAUUACAAAGGAAACUCUUGAUUAAAUGCAAACAUACAUGUUCUUAUGAGCAAAAUUCAUUAUGAGGUAUGAUGAUGGAGACAAAUAAAUCUGAUACCGUUUAUGCAAAUGCA